AAGGUAGAAGAAGACAAAGAGAAAGAGAGAAAAAGAGAGAGAGGAAGGAUCGCUAAUAUUCCGGGAAAAUCAUUCUGCACUUUUUCGAAGAAACCUGAAAAAUCUUCAAUUUUUUAAGAAUUAGUCAACAGAUUAAAUUUAUUACCGGAAAAUUUCUCUGGGUUUGUUUUCUCAUUGCUUCUGGAUUCUCUCAGGCUUCUAUCUCUUUCAAAGGUGAUUCAACUCUGUAGGAACAAGAGUUUUGCACUUAAAGAAGAGAGAGAGGAUUCUGGUUUGCGGGAGGCAGUGAGAAAACUUCUGUGAAAUUGGGUUCCUCUCUCAUUCUCUGUGAAAUUUGAAAACUUGAGUUUGGGAGUAUUGAGUUUUUGAAGAUAUGGGCUCUUUCUGUUGCUGUUUCCAAGUUGAUCUCUUUGAGAGUUAUGUGAAUCCAAACACUUCCAUGACUAGGAAUUGUUCAUGCCUAAAUUGUUUCCUCCAGAGUUUCAUGGAUUUGUAUGCUUCGUUAGUUAAUAGAGGUGGAAUGCAUCCAAUACCUUCAACUGUUGAGGCUGCUACAGUGAUGAAUUCCACAACUGCACUUGAUGACUCUCUGUCUAAUGUGUACCAUUCUCCUCCAAGACCAUUGCCUUACGAUGCUGAUCCUAGGUAUUUUCGUUUCGUUAAGGGCUCAGGCCAUUCAGGUGAAGAAUCAGAACCAUUAAGAGGUGAUACUGAAAUGAGUUCUGAAGCUUUGGUUGGGGGAGCCAAAUGGAGUAAGUCUGAUUGUGAAGAUGGUUCAAAAGAAUUGUACUCGAAAGGUUCAUCAACCGUUGCAAAGUCGAAAACAAUGCCUGGAAUAGAAAAUUAUUAUGCAGAAUCGGAUGAUGAAGAUAUUUGUCCAACCUGCCUUGAUGAUUACACACCAGAGAAUCCAAAGAUAAUAACCAAGUGUUCUCACCAUUUCCACCUUAGCUGUAUCUUUGAAUGGAUGGAGAGAAGUGAAACUUGCCCUGUCUGUGGAAAGGUGAUGGCAUUUGAUGAAAAUGAAACUUCUUAGCAUUGUAAUAAAGACUUGCUCAAAGAAACAAAAAAAGGAGUUGAGUCCUGCUCUAUAGAGAAAUAAACAGAGAGAAAUCACUUGUACAUAAAACUUCUGUGAAUAUCCAGAUGUCAUUGUUAACAGUAAAUAUGAGAAUUUGUGAUGUCUCCUAAUUUUAUAGACUCAUAUAUAUACAUUUAUCUUCAAGAAGGUUAUUGGAAUGAGAAAAAAGUAUGAAUCUUUCAA